UGAAUCUUGACGUUUGAAACGGUUUAAGAAUUAGGGUUUUGCAGAUCGAUCACUUGAGUAAGCAUGGCGGAUAUUAUGUCAAUGACGUUCGAUGAUAAAAGAACUGAAUCUUUACACUCUCUUAUCCUUCCUCCUGGUGAAGAUUUCGGUAUCAAAAGCGACGAUGAGGAUCUACACGACGAUGAACGGUUGGAAUCUGAUGCUGGAUUUGAGAGCAUUAUUGUUGUUGAUAACUUACCAGUUGUGCCAUGGAAAAAGUUUGAUAAACUUGAAGCUGUGGUUCGAAGAAAAUUCUGUCGAUUCGGUGUAAUCAAGGAGAAUGGCCUUUGGAUGCCUGUAGAGGAAGACACCGGGAAAACUCGAGGUUAUUGCUUUAUCGAGUACAACACUCCUCAGGAAGCUGAGCUUGCUAAGGAAAAUACUAACGGACGCAACCUAGGCAAAGAACAUAUUUUAGCUGUCAAGAUGUUUGAUGAAAUAGACAAGCUCAUGAAUGUCCCAGAUAAGUGGGAUCCUCCAGAAACUAAACCUUACACACCAUUGACUCAGGAGAAUCUGCAUCAUUGGCUUGCUGAUGAGAAAGGUAGAGAUCAGUUUGUUAUUCGUUCUGGAUCAGACACGGAGGUCAUGUGGAAUGAUGCAAGACAACUGAAGGCUGAUCCUGUUCACAAACGCCCUUUUGGGACCGAAAGUUUUGUGCAGUGGUCACCGUUAGGGAGCUACUUAGCAACUGUCCAUAGACAGGGUGCUGCUGUGUGGGGUGGUGCUUCUGGUUUUAAUCAACUAAUGAGAUACGUUCAUCCACAGGUCAAACUUAUUGACUUCUCUCCUGGUGAGAAAUAUUUGGUGACUUGCAGUAGUCAAGAACCAAGCAAUCCUCGCGACACUCAUAGAGUAGUGCUUAACAUAUUUGAUGUGAGAACUGGAAAAGUAAUGAAAGAAUUCAAGGAAAGCGCAGAUGAGUUUGCAUUUGGAGACACUUGCGGUUUCACUGGGGUUUCUUGGCCUAUUUUCAGAUGGGGUGGAGGAAAAGAAGACAAAUAUUUUGCUCGACUUGGGAAAAACGCCAUCUCUAUGUAUGAAACCGAGAAAUUCAAGCUUAUCGACGAAAAAUCCAUUGAAGUUGACAAUGUCAUGGACUUUUGCUGGUCACCAACUGAUUCUAUUUUUGCGCUCUUUGUUCCUGAACUUGGUGGUGGAAAUCAACCCGCACGAGUGAGUCUGUUUCAAAUCCCAAGCAAAGUAGAGCUAAGGAAGAAGAUCCUUUUCAGUGUUAGUGACUGCAAAAUGUAUUGGCAAAGUAAUGGGGAGUAUCUAGCAGUCAAAGUUGAGCGAUACACAAAAACGAAAACGAACACAUAUACAGGCUUCGAGCUUUUCAGAAUCAAGGAGCGUGACAUUCCUAUCGAGGCUUUUGAGCUUGACAACAAGAACGAUAAGGUUAUUUCAUUUGCAUGGGAGCCAAAAGGUGACAGAUUUGCGGUAAUUCAUGGCGAUAAUCCGAGGCCCGAUGUUAGUUUCUAUUCGGUUAAAGGUGGAAAGGUGUUAAAGCUCACAACCCUAAAGCAAAAGCAGGCAAAUGCUCUCUUUUGGUCACCUAGUGGCCAUUUUAUUAUUUUGGCUGGAUUGAAGGGAUUCAAUGGACAAUUCGAGUUUUACAACGUUGAUGAGCUUCAAACUAUUGCCAUUACGGAACAUUUUAUGGCAACAGAUGUUGAAUGGGAUCCCACCGGAAGGUAUGUUGCAACUUCAGUUACUUCCGGGCAUGAGAUGGAAAAUGGAUUUAACAUUUGGUCAUGCAAUGGCAAGCUACUCUACCGCGUACCCAAGGACCAUUUCUUUCAGUUUUCAUGGAGGCCUCGACCGCCAUCCUUGUUAAGUCCCGAGAAGGAGGAAGAAAUAUUGAAGAAUCUAAAAAAAUACAGUAAAAAGUAUGAGAUUGAGGAUCAAGACAUAUCAGUAUUAUUAAGCGAGCAGGAGUGCGAAAAAAGGAAGCAGUUGAAGGAAGGAUGGGAAAGGUGGGUAAACGAGUGGAAGAGAGAUCACGAAGAACAAAUGCUGAGAGAUAGAGAAGCAAGUGAUGUUGAAGAAGCCGAACAAGUGGAAGAAUUGGUGGAUGUUACUGAAGAAAUCCUUCCUGAUGUCUGCAUCUUUUAGAUUCGAUCUGUUACUUUGUGUCGUAGAGCUGGCUAGUCAAAAGCAAUGAACAUAUCGUAGACAAGAAGAUGAUGCACUAGAGUAUGAAAAUACAGUAAGUUUUUGUUAUGAUGCACAGGUUUGUUAAACUGAUGCACCAUUUUUUAGAGUGACAAUACGGUGAUUCUUGCUAUAUAAAUUCGAUGCAUUAUCCU